CCCAACCACAAGGACAGCCACCGGCCGCAGUCUCUCGCCUCUCCCCGUUAAACCCCUCCUCUUCUUUCCUUCGUCUCCCUCCCGGACGGCCGGCGGGACCCGAUCUUCCCUCUAACCAGCAAUGGUCGACGGCGUCGAGGUGGACGCGGGGCAAGCAGCGAAGCGGAGCAAGGCGACGGAUGAGGAGGGGAAGACGCCGCCGCCGGUAGGGGCCGUGCGGAAACAGCGGCAACCCACGCCGGAUCACCCACCCUACUGCUGGAUGAUCGGCGAGGCGAUCGACGCGCUCGGUGGCUCAGAGGAGGACUCCAUCUCGGCUUUCAUCCGCGCCAGGCACCCCGGGGUGCCCGCGGCGCACGACAGGCUCCUCCGUCACUACCUCGACAAGCACGUCGCCGAGGGCUUCUUCAUGUGCACCGCGGCGGGCCUGUACUUGCGCAGCCCCGACGAGAACACGGCUGAGGAGCUCCCGGUGGAGCCGGCCGCUGCGGGCUCCUCCGAGGAGGCCAAGCGUGGCCGAGGCCGGCCGCGGAAAGAUGUCUCGGCUUCGAUGUCGCCUGCCGGCAAGAAGGAUGGGGCUCGGUCUGCGACACCCAAGCCCCGCGGGAGGCGUCGCGCCACUGCCGGACUAGCCACUGAUGAGGGAUGUGUUCCAACAUCACCAGUGUCUGUUGCCAACAAGGACGGAAGCCAGGCAGCGUCCUCAACGCCUAAGCGCCGAGGACAGCGUCGCGCUGUGGCGCCACAGUCCGCUACCGAGGACUCUGUUCCAGCAUCACUGGUUGCUGUUGCUGACAAGAAGGACGGAAGCCAGGCAGCGUUCUCAACGCCUAAGCGCCGAGGACAGCGUCGCGCCGUGGCGCCACAGUCCGCUACCGAGGACUCUGUUCCAGCAUCACCGGUUGAUGUUGCUGACAAGAAGGACGGAACCGGAAGCCAGGCAGUGUCCUCGACGCCCAAGCGCCGUGGCCGGCUUCGCAAGCUGGGGAUGACCACGACCACCGAUAGCUAUGGCAAAACACUGGUUGAAGGCAAGAAAGGCGGUUGUGAGGCUCCCGACACUACGAUCCAGGAGCAUGAGCCACGGCGUGAGCUUGCACAGGUGAUCGUCGGUGACGGCCCAGCCACAACAUCGAUCAUGGACAAGGCAAGCGCCGAGGUGCCUCCAACUACGCCCGUUGAGGGUCGUCAGCCUCUCGAGCUGGCCCUGGUGAACACCACCGACGUACCUGUGCCUGCGCCAGCACCUGCCAUGGACAAGGACAGCCGUGAUGCUCCAUCGUUCAACCUGGCACUGGUGGCCAAGAAUGACAGCAUUUGCGCAACGUCCUUUGCACCGGAGUCCAGCAGCCAAGCUUGCGAGCUGGCGCUUGUGGUUGCUGAUGACGGCCCUGUUCCGGUGUUGGUUGCUGACAAGAAGGAUGGCGUUGGGGAGGCUCCAUCUGCAACCAACAAGCGUGUUCGUCAGCCUCGCAAGGUGGGAUCUGCCCCAACUGCAGGAGAGAAGGCUGGCAGCAAGGCUCUGCCAGAUACACCCAAGGGCCGUCGCCAGCAGUGCAAACCGGCGGUGGUGGCUCCCGACGGCUCUGCUCUUACACCAGUUGCAGGCAAGAAGAAGGCAUCGCCCAAGCUGGCACGGGUAACUGCCGGUGGCUGCUCUACUCCAGCAUCAGUUGCUAAGAAGGACGGCAUCGAGGCUCGCGAAUUGUACCCAUUGACAGCUGACGAGAUACCAGAUGAUCCCUCGUGCUGUUUGCUCGCGCUGCCUUGUCUGACGACAGCGGCAGCAAACGCGUAGCUCCAAAACCUGGGCCACUGAAGCAUCUCAUAUGCCUAAGAACACCUUCAGAAUUGCUAAGGGGGUGUUUGGGAACAGCGUGCUAAACUUUAGCACCUAUCACAUCGGAUGUUUGGAUACUAAUUAG